CUGCGGCGGUGCGGAUUUCGGCUCUGUCUCCGGCAGCUCGGGCCGCGGCUCCGAGGCGCAUGGGUCUUGUCCGGGGCGGGCCCCAAUGCGUCCGGGCCAUGGCGCGCCUGGGCGCUGUGCGCUCGCACUACUGCGCGCUGCUGCUGGCUGCGGCGCUCGCCGUCAGUGCCUUCUACUACCUCGGCUCUGGCCGGGAAACCUUCUCCAGCGCCACCAAGAGGCUGAAGGAGGCCCGCGCCGGGUCCCCCGCCGCGCCGUCGCCGCCCGCGCUGGAGCUGGCGCGGGGCUCCGUGGCGCCGGCCCCCGGCGCGAAGGCCAAGAGCCUGGAGGGUGGCGGGGCCGGGCCGGUGGACUACCACCUGCUGAUGAUGUUCACCAAGGCUGAACACAACGCGGCGCUGCAGGCCAAGGCCCGCGUGGCGCUCCGCUCCCUUCUGCGCCUCGCCAAGUUCGAGGCACACGAGGUGCUUAACCUGCACUUCGUGAGCGAGGAGGCCAGCCGCGAGGUGGCCAAGGCUGUGCUACGCGAACUGCUGCCGCCUGCCGCGGGCUUCAAGUGCAAGGUUGUCUUCCACGACGUCUCUGUGCUGACGGACAAGCUCUUCCCCGUGGUGGAGGCCAUGCAGAAGCACUUCAGCGCAGGCUCGGGGAGCUACUACAGUGACUCCAUCUUCUUCCUCUCAGUCGCCAUGCAUCAGAUCAUGCCCAAAGAGAUCCUGCGAAUAAUUCAAUUGGACCUAGACCUAAAGUACAAGACCAACAUCCGAGAAUUGUUUGAGGAGUUUGACAACUUCCUGCCGGGCGCUGUCAUUGGCAUCGCGAGAGAGAUGCAGCCAGUGUACAGGCACACGUUCUGGCAGUUCCGCCACGAGAACCCCAAGACCCGGGUUGGCAGCCCUCCCCCCGAGGGGCUUCCUGGCUUCAACAGUGGGGUGAUGCUUUUGAACCUAGAGGCCAUGCGCCAGUCCCCUCUGUACAGCCGCCUCCUGGAACCCACACAGGUGCAGCAACUGGCAGACAAGUACCACUUCCGUGGCCACCUGGGAGACCAGGACUUCUUCACCAUGAUUGGCAUGGAGCACCCCGAGCUCUUCCAUGUGCUGGAUUGUACCUGGAACCGGCAGCUUUGCACCUGGUGGAGGGACCACGGCUACAGUGAUGUCUUCGAGGCCUACUUCCGGUGUGAGGGCCAUGUCAAGAUCUACCAUGGCAACUGCAAUACCCCUAUUCCAGAAGUCUAGGUACCUUGCCACCAGCCAUGCCCUCGGACCUCUGGGUCGGAGGAAGGAAAGGGGCACCACUGGGACAGGCCCCAAGGCAGUGUCUGGACCUCAAAAUAGACACAGUGGGGAUGUCCAAUGUGAUAGGUGCUGCAGCUUUCCCACCCCGAGGACUGUUCUCAGAGCAGACCCACUCACUGCCGGUGCUCAUGACCUCUGUCAUGCAGGGGGCCAGGCAUUGCUAAGAGCAAACAUGUAGGCGUCCUUGUGUGGGCUGGGAGGCAUGCCUUUAGAAGGAGGGAAGGAGAAGGGCCAAAAAAAGUACCCCUGGCCUUUAGCCCUCCAAGAAUAGAAGUCCUUUUAAUAAUCGGCCUCUCUUGGACCAAAUAUAGAUUUAUUUUAAAUUCGUAGGCUUCCAUAUUUCAAGAAAGAAAUGCAGUCCAGCGGCAGCUCCCAGCGAGCACUGAGGGAGUGGAGUGGGGUUUUAACAAGCAGCCCAGAGUGGAAGCAUCAAACAGGCCUGUGCCAGCAGGCCGGGCACAUAUUCCUGGGACUCUCACGUUGCUGGAUGUAGGUGGAAAGAUGACACCUCUCUGGGGAGGGCCCUGAGGGCCAGCUGUGACCAGAUCAGAAAAAUUGUCUCAUUAUUUUAGUGAUCAGAGCAUUUAUCUCCCAACUGCCUCGCAAAACCUCAUUACACCUGUUUCAUCCAAGCCAGCUCUAGGUGACCAGACUGUCCAGAAAUCAAACCUCCCAUCAAAGGACAGAAAUUGCCACCUCCGAGGACAUUCCACAGAGUCGCCUGGCCUGGGGAGACCCAUGCAGACCAGCCAUGCCCUCGGACCCCUGGGUUCCCGUGGGAUUGUGUCUCACCUCUACUAAGCCUUCUGGUCUCUUUAAAAAGUUUUAUUGCACCGUGACCUACCCUCUGCCAAGAAGAAACUAGGGUGUCCUUGCUUAAUCUCUUCUUUGUGUUGUCCAGCUGGGGAUCUUGGGGAAGAAACCUGGUUGGAGUUUCAUCUCAUUUAAUUUCAAUUGCAUUUAUUUUUUUUUAUUUUCAUUUAUUUUUUAUCGGAAUGAAAAUAGCUAAUAAACAAUCUUUGAGAGCA